AUGCCUAAAAGAAAAAAAAACAAGUCAAAUGGUUCUAAAAAGGCUCCACCGUCAAAUUCGUCAUCAACAAAUGUUGAACAUAAUACAAAUACAUAUGAUAUAACAAAUGUGUCUGUACAUUCCAACGAUGAAGAUUUCCUUGAUAACAUAGAAGAAACAAUGAACAAAAGAAGAAAACACGUGAAAAAUUUCUAUAAUGAUUCAGCAAAUGUACCAGGUUCAUUUGAUAGUGACGGUAAUAUGUUAGCCGAUUGUGUUGAAGUUCCAAUUAGUUUGCCAAAGAAAACAAAAUCAUCAAUCAAGACAAAUCAAUUGCAAGUUGGUCAAUCAAAUUCGACUGUUAUCAAUGAUUUUUCAUCAACACUUCGUACAACAACAACUUCAAGUCAUUUGGACGUAGUUUCAUCAUCUAAUAAUAAUAUAAAAUUAAAUCGUGGUGCUAAUAAAUCAUUAUCAACACGUGAAAAUUAUCCAUCUGAUAAACAUUCAUUUGAUACAAGUUCUAACUCACUUGUUGUUGAUAAUGAACAUGAUCGUUCAUCAAAUAUUCGUUUAUUAUCGACACAAGAAUCAUUUGAUUCUCGUGAAGAUACAGCACCAACAACAAUGAAGCAUGCUACUCCUCGUGUAGCAAAUGCUGCUAUGAAUCAUCAGCCGUCCUAUUCGAGUUUUGAUGUUAAUCGUUCAAUUAUUCGGUUACCUGAUAGAAACAGUCAAACUCGUGAGAAUCGACCGUCGACAAGUACACCUGUUCAACUACGCGCAAUCGAUGUUCAAUGUUCAAUUGAAUAUCGCGAAUUAGAAAAAAAAAACAAAGAAUUGAAAACUCAAGUUGCUAAUUUAAAAGUUGCUUUAAAAAUAUUGGGAAGACAGCUUAACAAAAUGAAAACAACCCAUAUGUUGAAACCUCGUCCCGCAUUUUGGAAUGAAUUAACCGUAUUUAUGGACUCAUAUAGUGAAUUAUUUAAAGGUGAUGGUCGAACAAUUGCAGAAAUAGGUGCUGAACUCGGUUUAAAUCAAGCAAUGAUCCAACAUGUACAACAAGAUGCCGAGAAACCAGAUAAAGUAGCCAUGAACAUCUGGCGAACGUUAUGUCCUACACAAGCUGAUCGAGUUUACGUUGAAUCAAUCAAAUGUGUACCAGCAACAACUCUUCAAAAUAUUUAUACAUUUGCUCGUUUAUGCUAUCCUAGAGCUAAUCUGAAUUACAAGAAGAUGAAAAAUGAUAUUGCAACUAAUAUAAGACAAAGUCUUUUUUUUUCCAAACGAGAACAAAACAUGUCGACUGAUUUUAGUCAACUACAACAAAACGAUGGAAGUGAUGAUGAUGAUGAGAAUGAUAUGAUCGAAUCUCAAGAAAUAUCAUUUAAUUUACAAUCGUUUUUACAGAAAGAAAACUUAAUCGAUGACAUCGGCGAUGAAGAAGAAUAA